GAAGAACAAUUGACGUUUCUUGUCAAUACUUUCCAUAGAUAUAAGUCAGUAUAUGUUUGUUUUCAUUUAAAUAUUACAAAAUGAUGAACCCACCAUUAAUAUUUGGAAUACAAAGUACAGCAGGUGCUGUCCCUGUACGAAAUGAAAAAGGCGAAAUAUCAAUGCAAAAAGUAAAGGUUCACAGGUAUGUAUCAGGCAAGAGACCAGAUUACGCCCAGGAUGUACAUUCAGACAGCGAGGAGGACGAAGACGAUUUUCUAGAACGAAGGCAUCACGUCCCAAGAGAGCCUACACCGGAACCUGUAAAAAGUGACGACGAACUAAAUGAUCCUAGAUUGAAACGGCUCCGGAAUGUAGAAGUUGAUACUGAAGUAAGACCUGAACGUAGAAGGCAUGUUGUGGAGCCUGAAGUUUUGGAGUCGUCCGAGGAAGAAGAAGACAUUAACAUAAAUCUACCUGAGCAGAAACACACAUUGGAAGCUGGUCCAGAUGAUGAUGUUUCUGAAGAAGAACUUAGUGAUGGAGAAAUUGAGCGUAAAAGAGAAAUUUUGAAACAAAGAAUGUUAAGAACCAAAGCUGAAGAAGAGAUAUUAAAGGAAGAGGCGGAUUCCAGUUCUACAGAGGAAGAAGAAUCCGAGGAAGAAUAUACAGAUUCCGAAGAAGAGACUGGGCCUAGGUUGAAGCCGGUAUUUGUGAGAAAACGUGAUAGGGUAACAAUUAUCGAAAAAGAAAAAGAGGCAGCAAAACAAAAACGACUGGAGGAAGAUGAGGUUCGAAAGGCAGAAGAGAAACGCCGCCAGACAUUAAGAAUGGUUGAAGAUUUAAUUAGAAAUAAGGACAAGGAUAAGGAUAAAGAAAAUAAUGAACCAAAUUUGGCAGAUGUUUGUACAGAUGAUGAAAAUGACGAAGUGGAAUAUGAGGAAUGGAAACUAAGGGAAUUGAAAAGAAUAAAACGUGACAGAGAAGAGAGGGAAGCUAUAGAAAAAGAAAAGAUGGAAAUAGAAAAGAUGCGAAACAUGACAGAAGAAGAGAGAAGAUUGGCAUUAAGAUUAAAUCCAAAAACUGUUACAAACAAAGCCACAAAGGGUAAAUACAAGUUUUUGCAGAAAUAUUAUCAUCGUGGCGCAUUUUAUCUGGAUAAAGAGGAUGAGGUGUUCAAGAGAGAUUUUGCACAAGCAACAUUGGAAGAUCAUUUUGAUAAGACAAUCUUGCCCAAGGUCAUGCAGGUUAAGAAUUUUGGUCGUUCUGGAAGAACCAAGUAUACUCACUUGGUUGACCAAGACACUACACAAUUUGACUCUCCAUGGUCAACAGAGAACCAACAGAAUCUAAAAUUCCAUUCGUCACAGGCUGGUGGUGCCAAACAAGUUUUUGAGAAGCCCGCUUUAAAGAAAAGGAAAACUACUAAUUAACAUUGUGAAAUACCGACAACUGUGGUGGUGAAAGUGCAUAUUGAUUUUCUUAUUAGUUGUAAAAAAUAUUCAUAGAAACAAUAAAGGCAGAUAUUUAUUA